AUGGGGACCUGUGCUCUCGGAGGGACGCGGCUGCUCGGCGGCUCUGUGGAGGCUGAGGCUUUGGACCUGAAACUGGGUUUUCUGCUGUCGGGGGAGGAAACAGAUGCCUUACUAGCAGACCUGGAGUCUACCACUUCACACAUAUCCAAACGACCAGUGUUCCUAGUGGAGGAAACGCCUUACUCCUAUCCAACUGGAAACCACACAUACCAGGAGAUCUCCGUGCCGCCCCCGGUGCCACCACCACCUUCUAGCGAAGCACUCAAUGGCACCGUGAUUGACCCCUUAGACCAGUGGCAGCCCAACGCGUCCAGAUACGUCCACCAGCAACCCCAGUCCCAGUCUCCUAUAUACAGCUCUAGUGCCAAAAGCUCCAGCGCCUCCGUUCCCAGGGACGGGCUCAGCUCUCCUUCCUCCCGUGCCGGUGAAGAGGAACACGUCUACAGUUUUCCCAACAAGCAGAAGUCUGCAGAACCAUCUCCCACGAUGACAAGCUCCUCGCUGGGCAGCAAUCUCUCAGAACUGGACAGGCUUCUCCUGGAACUGAAUGCUGUUCAGCACAAUCCCCCCAGUGGCUUCCCAGCAGACGAAGCUGGCAGAAGCCCAUCAUUGACCAGCGCAACCGGACCUCACUAUGUUAUCCCAGAAGGCAGCAGCUCUGUGGGAGGGAAGGCUGCUCCCCCUACAAAAGAAAAGCCAAAGCGAAACGGUGGACGUGGGAUCGAAGAUGUGCGUCCCAGUGUGGAGAGCCUGCUGGACGAGCUGGAGAGCUCUGUGCCCAGUCCAGUCCCUGCAAUCACUGUGAGCCAAGGCGAGGUGAGCAGCCCCCAGCGGGUCACGGCCAGCCAGCAGCAGACUCGUAUAUCUGCCUCAUCAGCCACCCGAGAACUGGAUGAACUGAUGGCCUCUCUCUCUGACUUCAAGUUCAUGGCACAGGGCAAAGCCGGGAGCAGCUCCCCUCCAACCGCAGCCCCCAAGCCUGGCAGCCAGCUGGACACCAUGCUGGGAAGUCUCCAGUCCGACCUGAACAAACUGGGAGUGGCUACAGUUGCCAAAGGUGUCUGCGGAGCCUGCAAGAAACCCAUCGCGGGGCAGGUAGUUACAGCCAUGGGGAAGACCUGGCACCCUGAGCACUUCGUCUGCACCCACUGCCAGGAGGAGAUUGGGUCCCGGAACUUCUUUGAGCGGGAUGGUCAGCCCUACUGCGAGAAGGAUUAUCACAACCUCUUCUCCCCUCGCUGCUACUACUGCAACGGGCCGAUCCUUGAUAAAGUGGUAACAGCUUUGGACAGGACGUGGCACCCUGAACACUUCUUCUGUGCCCAAUGUGGAGCUUUCUUUGGACCUGAAGGGUUUCAUGAGAAGGAUGGCAAAGCCUAUUGCCGCAAGGACUACUUUGACAUGUUCGCUCCCAAGUGCGGCGGCUGUGCCCGGGCCAUCCUGGAAAACUAUAUCUCUGCCUUGAACACCCUGUGGCACCCUGAAUGCUUUGUCUGUCGGGAAUGUUUUACACCAUUCAUCAAUGGCAGCUUCUUCGAGCAUGACGGGCAGCCCUACUGCGAGGUGCAUUACCACGAGCGCCGCGGCUCGCUGUGCUCUGGGUGCCAGAAGCCUAUCACAGGACGCUGCAUCACUGCGAUGGGCAAGAAAUUUCACCCCGAACACUUUGUCUGUGCCUUCUGCCUCAAGCAGCUCAACAAAGGAACCUUCAAAGAACAAAAUGACAAGCCCUACUGUCAGAACUGCUUUCUCAAACUCUUCUGUUAGAGGCAUCAUAGAUGGGAGCUAAGCAUCUUUCUGCCACCCCCUUGGCAGUUCUGUCUCUUUGAACAUUACUGUGAUUUAGAAAUUUUUACCAGGCAGGGGAGGAGGGGAGGGGGGUGGGAGUGCUUGCUGCUGCUCUGUAGAGCAGUAGACCCGCAGAUGAGAUGGACCAUUAAACUGGAAAUGCCCUUGCUAUAUCUGAGCAGAGAGAGGCUGAGUCCCCUCGUUACAGUGUGUGUGUCUGUGCGAGGCUGGCAGCCGAGCUGAGCCCCAGGACUCAGGCAGGGAGCUCUUACCCAGCCCCCUCAGCCUGUGUCAUG